UGAUAGUCUAGAAUUUUGACACGUGGAAAAUUAAGACUGCUAAUUUGAUGACCCAUCAGAUGACACGCGUCCAAUUAUAAGCGAAGCUCUCCUUCCAGUUACGUUCUUUCUCUCGCCCAAGUUCUUCGCGCGGAAGGAAGGAAAUUUCCUGCAAAUCUUCACGCUGAAAGGAAACGAAUAUAAUUCAGCCCUGAUUCCUGGCUGCGUUGGGUCACGGAAGGAAAGAAAUCUCAGGUACUGCGAUACGCCUUUCCAUUCUUCUUCUUCGGCUACCCCAAUUUCCCCUAAUUUUUACCCGAAAUUAGGGUUGAUUAAUACCAAUAUGCUGUCUUCUUCUACUCUCCACGCGGAAACCUAACCUACCCAUGGUCGCUGAUUUUUCUCCAAAAAUAUAAUCCGUGUGAUCUCCUCGCCGCCGAAGGAAAGGAAUUGUAUAGCUACUCUAUCAAUGCAGGAAAGCCUCCAAUUUUGUGAAAAAAGGUAUUUCGGAUCUAAAAUUUUUGAAGCCUCAAAACGAGAAUGGUACAAAGACGAGAAUUCCAAAUUAAACCUCCAUGCCUUGAAGCUGAAAUUGGAGCAGAAAACUGUUGCUGUGCACUGCACAAAUGAUAUGCUUUUGCUCUCAAUGAAGAAGCUGUUUGGUUUCUCUUUGCAAUGUUUGUGUUAGGAGUAAUAUUUAUUGGGCAGAGAAUGCCUUGACAUUUUGGGAAAACAAAGUUUCUACACUAAGAUUGAUGGUUUUGAGGUAUGCUUUGACUCUAGGUAUGUCUUAUUUUUGGGAUAAAGAAAAUAUUUUUUUAUAUAAAUUCUGAUGUUAAAUUAAUUUUUUAUUAUUUUAUUGUUUGGUGCAUUGGACAAACAAAAUAUUUUUUAGCUAAAAAUAUAGUAUAUGUUUUGAGCAAAUAAAGAUGCACACUAAGCUCAAGUGUUCAACAAACUAAGUAAAUACUACAGUAUUAUUAUUCUUCCUUAAAUAGGAGUUGCUUCUACCAAAUUGGACAAUCUGGCAGAGACAUCCUUCAUAUCCGGGUGUGCAUUUUUAUCCUUACUCAGACAUUGCAGUGCUUCUGUGAUGCUAAAAGCAAGUUCAUUGUUACUUGCAAAAGUGAUUUUUUGACUAUCGAUCUUUUCCCUGCUUUGAGAUGCUCCAGAGCCCAAUUGUGUGGUGCCAAGUCUUCCUCUUCGUGGCGGUUGCCAAGCAACUCCACAAGUAGACCACCAAAUACGUAAACGUCGGCUUUUAAAGUCUGAAUACCUGCAACAUUGAAGGAUCAUAAGCCAUACCCUGAUGCAAUGUUCUAUUUAUCACACACAAUCUUACAAAUUAAAAGAUGAGGAUAGAUGAUCUCAAUAUUAGAUUAAUUUACUCUCACUAUAUGAUCCAAGGUAUUCUGAUGCCGUUAAUGUGUACGAGUAAAAGUCGUUUGUCCAUCCUCUAGCUGAAACAUUUAAGUCGUCUAUCAGUUUACUUAGUUCUUCCAAUUUAUAUGCAAAUGAUACCUGUUUCUAGCUGCAAAUGUAUCAUUUUGUGAUGUUCAUAUGCACUUGAAUUUUUCACUGUUGCAAAUAAAACAUAUGGAUUGCAUAAUAUGGUUGAACGGAACAAACAUUUAUGAAGGUUUGGAUUAAUGUGAUCAUGUCUUUAUGAGUUUGAUUCAUGUGCUCUCUCCUAGCAGCAUGCUACACUUCUCACUGACCUUUUGGCUAGCCAUAACACAAGAAUAUGAUUAUGCCAUUUAGUACUUU